CCCCCCUCCUCCCCCUCCUCCACUCUCCUCCCCUAUUCAUUUUCUUCUUUCCUUUUCUUUCCCCGUCUUCCUCUCACGGUCAUCUGGACAGUGUUUUGGGUUACUGGGCUGGCAGGCAGCAAGGUCACCAGGGGCUGGCAGUAGCACCCAGUGGUUUCAUUCACAGGAAAGGGAUGUAAGCAUGUCUGUGGUUCACGUCCCUCUUGUCCCCCACUCCCCUGUUAGUAGUUGCGAUUGAGAUGUGUGCCGGUCCAGGGAUGGGAGACUCAAAUUGGUGCCAACCCAUCCGGAUGUUUUGUACUGUGUGCUGUUUUCUGGAUCUGCUGGUGGAUAUUGUUUUUCUUGGAUUUAAUUUAAGGUCACCUGGCUGUGGUAGAAUAAUAUAUUUGGUGGGCUUUGGUGGCACUGAUUACGUCAUCACUCAGAUUUUAUUGUUCUGGAAAAGAAAUUUGCCUAAAGAGGAAUAAAAGUGCUGUAUGUCCUGUCUAAACCUUCAUUUUAGUCUGCUUUAGAUCCUUUGAUUGCUUUCUUCCUUCCUUCUGCUUUACCUCCAAAUGCAUUCUCGGAGGUGGCUUUCCGCUUCAGCCUUGCGCUUUGCUAGGAAUGAAAUCUCCAGGUGUUUUCUGUCCGAGCACAGACAUUCCACAAUCUGAGUAUCAACGGCAUAAAUGCAGAUGUGGCAUUUAUGAGGACUCCUGACUGAUCGAUCUUUGCUGCGCCGAGGGCAAAGAUGACGAGAGAAGAGAUGCCGUCUGCAGACAGUUGUGGGAACCCUUUCCUGGAUAAGCACACGGAGGGCCUCCUACCUCUGCUAUGUGGAGCAGAAGCAGUAUUCAAUUUCAGCUGGGAGAAAGACGUACUAUUUUCCGGCAGUGGAGCUGAUGAUGAGACCACAGCAGCAACCAUAAUCCCUACUAGGACUUUAUUGUCCACAGCAGCUCACCGGCGCACCACUCGGUCGACGACAGCAGCCGUGGUCGGGGGCGUGGACUCCGUCCCGCCCAACAGAUCAGCGACCAGGCUCCCCCCACGCUUCACGCCCAGCCCAGGGAUCAGACAGUCCAGCCACCAUCACCUCCUCCGGUUCCACCUAAACAGCUUCAACCGACGCCUGAGCAUGCUGGAAAGAAACACACUGGACAUGAAGGAGAGCGUUCACAAUAUGGGGGAGCAGCAGAGUCGCCUCGGCUCUCGGCUGGGGGAGCUCAUCGCCAUCCAGUCAGCCGGGGAGAAGAAGAAGAAGGUCGUCGAGCUGGAGGAGAGCUACGGAGACAUGGACGCCCGUCUGAGCAGGCUGGAGGGGAGGCUGGAGAUCCUGAUCGACGGCUUCACCGACCUCGCUCAGGAGAUGAACAAAAUGAAGCGUACGAGACACGUCUCCCGUUCCAUGCAAGACAAGCGGGCUCUGCCGUCACCCACAGAAAGGCCGCUCGCCAGCAGAGCCGCGGCGCCUGAAAGCAUCCCGACCCCGAGCCUCCCCGCCAACAGACCCACCGCCGCUCCUCAGAGAGCGAGAAAAGUCAAAUCGGCAAGCGCCACCGCUACGCCGGCAAAGGUCACGUCCAAAAGUAUCGUCUCAACGAGGUCAACGCUAAAGUUUAGGACCACCCUGAGUAAACCCAAGACCACUUCGAUGUCUGCAGCGAAGCCUCAAACAAAACGUCCCGAAGGGAGGAGGUCCGCUGGGACGGCGGAAGGCGUUUCACAGCCGAACCCCAAACAUCGAAAGCAAGUCACCGAAGCCAUCACCAAAUUUCAACUGGAGCCACCAUCUCACAAAGCAAGGCCUUCAGAUCCGGGCCGAGCCGGGAAGAAGGAUUCUUUGCCUAUCAAAGGCAAUGGACGCGCCAAGGCGUUUAGAUCAGAUGCGCCGGUUACGAAGAAGGUUCAGGAGGACAGAAAGGUUUCUGAAGGCAUUUCAAAGAGUUUGUCCCACAAAGCUAACUCUAACCAAAAGGAGAAAAAGAUGGAGCCCAACUCCAAGAAGUUGGUCCUUAAGAAUACAAGGAACAACUCUGCGAAGAACGCGGCCCCUUCAACAAAACCAACCAAAGCCACUACUGUGAGGAAGUCCAAAACAACAAUAAAAAGAGUCACUGCGAAGAAGAUGUCUUACACAACAGCAAAAAGGAAAUCACCUAAAACCAAGGUUGCUGCUGCAAAGGGAGUAACGAAAAAACACCCGCAGAAGAAAGAAAAGAAAAACACUCAAUCUGUUGUUUUGGAACUACUGAGGCUCCUACAAGGAGAAAACAAGUCUGCAAAGCAGAAAGAUAAUCCGGACGGUUCUCUUCAUGUUGUCUUGGGAAGGCUGGCCAUUCCUGUCAAAAUUAUCCCCGAUGAUUAGGGAAUAGUGUGUUGCUUUUCAUUAUGUUAAAAUUAGUUUUCAUUGUGGAUAUAUCUACGCUCUAAAUCCUGAUAUUUAUAUAUUUUACCCAUCAAUGGAACGUAAUGAAGGGACUAAGUUCAUGCAACUGUGUGGUUCUAGAGGGACUUUUCGGAUAUUUUGAUGCCAUCCUGGCGGGAUGUUCUAUUCAUAUACAAAUUACUUUUCAGGUGUGUUUUACCACAAUCAGAACUGUUGUAUGAAAAGCUCAGCACAGCAGUUGUACCUCUUAAGUGUAUGCAUUUGUCCAUUGUUUUAAGGCCAAACUACCUCAAAUUUUACAGCCCAACGUUUAGUUAGAUCUUGCCCAUUAAAACAUGCCCAUCAAUCUUAUUUCCUGCAUUCUCAUGGAUUUGCUCUACUGGUAUCCAAUGUGUUGAGAAGCCUUACACCUCCUAUAUGUCCUAGAAAAGCCUUACACCUCGAUGUCAAUCUGUGGUUUUAAUCCAAAAUGGGUAAAGAAACCAGUACAUUAUAAACUAGACAACCCUGGUAGUUGUAUUACUGCAAUUACAAUAAUAUGAAUAAUUUUGAAAAGGUUGGAAGAGCAAACA